CCCCCAUCCACCCUCUCCCUGCUUCAACAAAAACGUCCGCAAGCCAUGACGCAGGGUGGCGUAGUGCUCUUUGCUGUUUACAUGAUGGACGACGGGGCGGAGGAGGAGGAGCAGGAGGAACCUUUACCUGGGGACUCAAAGGCAAAGUCGCCGCGUGAAAUGGCUUUCAACUUGUCUCUACAUUAAUAUUCUACAUUAAUAUUCCGACAUGUCAGCUGUGUCGUCGCCCGCCGCCGUGGUGAAAAAGAAGCACGUUCGCUUUGCUAGCAUGGACGACGAGCUGGAUGAGGACACCUUGUUCGACAGGAGGAAGGACGCACAGGAAGGCGGCCUGAGGAGUGCGCUCAAGCCGGCCAAGAGGAACGCCAAAGACCGGGUCAAAGUGGUCGUCGGGGGCGGUGGACACGCAGCGUGUGGCCGCUGGAUGGUCAGCCUCGCUGUCUGCGCAUCCUUUCUCGGCCUGGGUAUGAGUAUCUCUGUGAUUGGCCCCACGUUUGAGGAUCUGGCUGUGAACGUGAAGAAGGACAUCAGCAAUAUCUCAUAUAUCUUUGUUGGGCGAUCUGCAGGCUACAUUGGCGGCUCACUCAUCGGAGGUGUCCUUUUUGACUGCGUGAACCCCAAUCUGCUGCUAGGAUUUUCCAUGCUGAUAACUGCAUGUGGAAUGUGCGCUAUCCCUUUUUGCAAACAUGCUCUGCUCCUCACUGGGUUUAUGUCCAGCAUCGGCAUCUCCAUGGGAAUUCUGGACACAGGUGGGAACGUCCUCAUACUGAACAUGUGGGGCAAGGAUGCUGGACCUCACAUGCAGGCCCUCCACUUCAGUUUUGCAGCGGGUGCCUUCGUGUCACCAGUCAUAGCCAAGCUGCUGUUUGGGAACAACUCAAACGGCAGCUACGGCACGGGAACCUUGUCCAACAUCACCACGGGGCCCAUUGCCAACAAUGAUCACACAGUCAUCCGGUUCAUCCACAGCAGCUACAGCGACCUCAAAUCCAUGUGGGCCUACAUCGUGAUUGGCUUGUUUGUCCUGCUCUCUUCCGUCCCGUUCUUCUUCCUCUCUGUGCGCAGCGAUGUGUGCCGCGACAAAUACCGGACGUCGUCAGCCAAGCCCCUGGUGGCCAGACAUCACACGGUGCUUGUGGUCCUGCUCUUCUUCUUUUUCUUUGCCUACGUAGGCGCUGAGGUUGCCUACGGUUCCUUCAUCUUCACCUUUGCCAAGGAUUAUGCUCAAAUGAGUCAGUCCCAAGCAGCUGGGCUCAAUUCUUUAUUCUGGGCGACGUUUGCCACCUGUCGGGGCCUGGCCAUCUUCUUUGCUUCCUGCAUGUACCCGGGCACCAUGAUCAUACUCAGCCUGGUGGGCACCACACUGUCCUCCCUCUUUCUCUGCCUCUUCAGCAAGGACAAAGUCAUUCUGUGGCUUUGCACUGGUUUGUACGGCGCUUCCAUGUCCUCGACUUUCCCCUGUGGCAUCUCGUGGUUGGAGCAGUACACUACGGUCACGGGCCUCUCAGCGGCUGCAUUCGUGGUGGGUGCUGCCCUCGGCGAGAUGGUGUUGCCCGCUUUCGUCGGCUUUCUACUCGGGAAAAUUCACGGACACCCCCUGUUAAUGUACUUGUCGCUCAUCACGGCUACUUUCACCGCCAUACUUUUCCCGGUCAUGUACAAGCUGGCUUCCGUAUCUGUGGGUCAGAUGCGGAAACGCCACAGGAGGGGGCAAGAGGACGCUGGCGACGACGACGGCGAAUACCGACAGGCGCUGCUGGAUUCGGGAGUGAUGGAUGAGGAGGAGGACGAGGAGAAUGAAGCUGAUCCGUGGAACGAUGCGGACUUUGAAGUCAUUGAAAUGGACGACACUGCGAGCCUCAACGGUUCCCCCAGUAAGGAGGGCGCUCCCCCAAAUGUUGAUGGUGACGCUGGCCAGGUUCCCCCCAGCACGCAGCUAAUGGAACCUGCAAAGUGUUCCACUUCGUCAGACGCCCUCUCCCUGGUGGGGGACUCACCCAAACUGCUGUUGUUCCAUGACCGAGUGAAGACGGACUGAAAGCUCACUUUCAGAUUUCUUGACACUUUGAAAAGGCGUGAUUUGUUGACUGAAAAGCUAACUUGCCCAAAAAGCAAGAAACUCACUGCUUGGCCAGAAAUAAUGUCUGUAAAUUAUUUGCCAUGAAUUGAGUCUCCAUUAAUUAAACGUGAAUGAUGUUGACACCGAGAGCGAUUCCGGAUGAGCCCCCACUUGGUGUCUUUCCCAUGAAAAUCUUGGAAAAGUGUGGUUAUACACUCAGGGGUGCAAGUCCAUCACUCGGGUCUGACUUCAGUCUCUGCUGUGAUGCUGAACAGGAUGUAUAGAAAAUUGAUGCAGGGUAUGAAUACCAAAAUAAGCCCUUCAACUAUUCCUGACUGGAAGACAAAAGUACGAGGGGUAGUCAAAAAGUGGUGAGGCCAAUUGAGUGUUAUUGAAUGAGGUGAGGGUUCUGAGGGUACUCCGCGAUCUUGUCUGAUAAGUGCCUCGACCCUUGUACUGUUCCAAGGAUUCAACACUGGAGGUGGACUGUCAAAGCAGGCUCUCGUUCUCUGCCUCUGCUUGGGUCAAAUACAGUAGUAACCUGGAUGUCAGAAGAGGAUUCCCCCAAAGUUACCUGUUUAAUACCUGGAAAGUAAGCCGGUUCACAUCAUCACCAGUGUCCCCCCACAUUACAAAAACAUACAAAAUAUUAUGGAUAUUCAGCUCUUGGGUGAUUUAAAUGUAAAAUGCUGCGUAGGUAGUUUUUGAUCACAUGAUUGAUUGGUAUUUGUAGGAGGUCAAGAUUUGGUGGAUAAACUUUGCUUGAAAAGGAAAGACAAAGACUAACUCAUGUUCAUUUUUGUUCAUUUGUUGUUGUUGUUUUUUUUUUUUGCAGGGUAUUAUCAGCUAUGUUACAAAUGUUUCAGUCCAAUUAAAUUUGCUAACAUGAGGGCUACAAAGUUGACAAGUCAAGACAAACUUUGGAUGCAGCAGUUAAAGACGACACGAGGAAAAACAGGCUUUCUUAAAAAAAAAAAAAAAAAGAUUCCUUUACAUUACAAACCGAGAACACAGACAUGCAGAAUUAACGGCAUUGAAUCGUUGACAGCUUGGCUUAUUUGAGCUAAAAUAGCGCAUUGACUUUGCCCAAAAAGGUAGCAGUUAGUAAGUAUGGUAGGCAGCAAAGAACAAUUCAAACAUGACUUCUGAUGUGCAUCUCAAAUAUCUGUUUUAUAAAUAUGUAAGUACAAAGCGAAAAUGUAACAUUGAAAGUGCAAAUUAUGUAUCACACAUUUUCAAACAUUGCUGAGUAUCAGGCAUGUUUACACACGGAUGCACCUACCUCCCCCCAUUCAUAUAUACAGUUGUAGUCGGAAAUUUACAUACACUAGCAGGAUUUAUGAUUUCUUGGGUAUUGUUUUCAGAGAAAAUGAAUGAUGACAAAAAGGUUUCUUUAACUCAAGGUCAGUGCUUGUGUGAAGCCAUUUGUUAUCAAACAACUGCGCUUUUUAGAUUCUAAUGACAACAGAAACUUCACAUAGGUGACUCGAACGUGCGGCCCACGAGGUGUGCAGAAUUUACCAGUAGUUGCCAUUCAAAUCAAUUUGUGUCAUGUUGUGUGCAUCAUUAGGCCAAAACUUCAAGUGUGUGUAAAUCUUUGAUCAGGGUAAUUUGUGUAGUUUCUGUUGUCAUGAUUUAAAUAGUUUUGAUAAUAAAUGGCUUCGCCCAAGAACGACCAGGAGUGGAAAAGUUUUUGUGUCAUCACUCAUGUCUGAAAAAUGGCCAAGAAAUUAUGCUUUCAUAGGGUAUGUCAACAUAAGAGCACAAUUGUGUAUAUGAAAAUAAAGAAUGCAUUUCAGCUACUUCUUGCACAUUUGAAAAGGGCUAAUAUCAGCCUAUAAGAUUGUGUGAUGGAUUCAUCGGUGGCCCCCUAAUAAAAACAAAAGGUAUGUAACAAAACAAUGCUUCCGCUUCUAACAUAGCAGCCAGGAGUGUGUCCACAAGUAUAACAUGACAAGAAAAUUGUCUGCACUGUGGAUUCUCAUACAGUGAGGGGAAAAAAAGUAUUUGAACAUGCUGCAAUUUUGACUUUGAAAUCAUGGAGGGGUUGGAAAUGUUCAUUGUAGGUGCAUGUCCACUGUGAGAGACAACUGCAAAAAAAAUAAAAUGCAGAAAUGACAAUGUAUGAUCUUUUUUUAAAAAAAAGUAUUUGAACACUUGCCACAAUCCAGAAAAAAUCUGGACCUACAAAGACCUGUUAGUCUGCCUCCAAAAGGUCAACCUACACUCUAUUAUUUUAAAGUAGAAACACCUGUUAGCUGCAUAAAGAGACCUGUCCACCCCACACAAUCAGAAUCCAACCAUUAACAUGACUAAGACCAAAGAGCUGUCCAAACACGCCAGAGACAAAAAUGUUGACCACCACAAGUUCGAAAAGGCAUAAGGAACAUUUGCCAAGAUACUUUGUGAAAAAAAGAUAAACUCUCGUAGCCAUUAUUAGAAAAUUGAAGCACUUAAACAUGCCUAUCAAUCUCCCUCAGACUGGGGCUCCAAGCAAGGUCUCACCUUGUGGCGUAUCAGUGACCCUAAGAAAGGUGAGGAAUCACCCCACAACUACACGGGAGGAGCUAUUCAAUGACCUGGAGAGAGUUCGCACCACUGUUUCCAAGAUUACUGUUUAUAAUACAUAAGAUGUCAUAUAAAAUCACACAUGGCACAAAAGGUUCCCCUGCUUAAAUAGCACCUGUCCAGGCCAGUCUCAGAUGAGUACACCAUCCCUCGUGUGAAGCACGGGGAUGAAUGAAUCAUGCUUGAGGGGGUUUCUGCACAUGGGACAGACGUCUGCACUAUAUUCAGGAGAGGAUAAUAUGGAUCGUGGCUGGGUCUUCCAAAAUGACAAUGACCCGAAACACACAGCCAGGAUAACCAAGGAGUAGCUCCGUAAGAAUAUCAAGGUUCAGCCGAGCCAGUCUAAACCCAACCAAAAACCUUUGGAGAAAGCUCAAACUCCAUGUUUCUCAGGGACAGCCCAGAAACCUACUAAUCUAGAAAAGAUCUUUGUAGAGGAGUGAAUGAUCCAAAAUCCCUGCUGCUGUGUGUGCAAGCCUGGUGAAAAAUUACAGGAAACCUUUGACCUUAGAAAGGCUACUGUAGCAAAUUUGAACAUUAAUUUUCACUGGUGUUCAAAUAGUAAUAUGCAGCAGUAACAUACAAAUGAAUUAUUAAAAAAAACAUCAUACAUUGUGAUUUCUGGAUUUUUUAAAAAUAUUUUUUAUGUCUCUCACAGUAGACAUGCACCCUACAUGAUUUCAAAGGGCGAGAACUUGCAAAAUUGCAGGGUGUUCAAAAACUUCGAUUCUUCACUGUCUGCUCGUCACUACAAGGGGGUACUUAUCUUCUAAAACUGCGAGGUGUGGAAUUUCACCAGUGGUUUUGGCCAUAGAUAGCUAUUUCAAAAUGAACUUUUUUUCCCCUCUUAACUUGAUUUGUAUUAAAUGCUAUAUAAUUAACUAUAUAUAAGCCGACUUAGGGAAUCCAACAAAAGACAACUACUGCAUUGCUUAAAUGAUCAAGAUUGACUUUUUUGGGGGAAUGGGGGAGGCAGGCACUUUUCAUUCAGAAGCUUUAAAAAUAAAAUGAUGUAAAAAUCAGUGCCUUACACAAUCACGUUUUAGGAGAUUGAUGUUCAUUAUGAUGUUCAUCUAAAUUGAAGCAAAAUGCGACGUGUUGUGUAUUAUCACUGUGAUUGAACUUUUUAUUCUGAGAAAAACAUUUGAAUACACUGACUUUAUUGUUUAAAAUUUCAACCCACAGCAAUAUCCAUUAAAGGACUUUUAAUUGA